UCGCGGGCAGGGCGGAAGCGGCCGCCGUGUUUACAACCCGUGCUGGGGCCGGGACGCGACGGGCCGGGCCGGGGACACCGGCGAGCACCCCUCGCCCAUGUGCCCACAGCCCCCGCCGCCCAUGGAAGUGAUGGAGGGGCCCCUCAACCUGGCUCACCAGCAAAGCAGAAAAGCAGACCGCUUGUUGGCAGCAGGGAAAUAUGAAGAAGCAAUUUCCUGUCACACAAAAGCUGCUGGGUACCUUACAGAUGCGAUGAAGCUGACCCAGUCGGAGCAGGCUCAGCUAUCACUGGAAUUACAAAGGGAUAGUCAUAUGAAACAGUUACUUCUCAUCCAGGAGAGAUGGAAGAGGGCAAAGAGGGAGGAAAAGCUGAAAGCCCAGCAGAGUGCUGACAAGGAAGUAGCCGCACAUCUUCAGACUUCUUACAAGCCAUCUGCUGAAGACUCUGAUGAUCAAAAUGUACUGGUUCCUGUUGCUCAGAAAUACAGCUCUUCCACAGAGAAACAUUCACAGGAUAUUCAGGGUGUCUUUGACAGGGACCCAGAUACACUUUUAUUUCUGCUUCAGAAAAAAAAGGAGCCAGUAGAAGCAUGUAUUGGGAGUAAAGCGCCAAAAGAUGACAAAACAAUAAUAGAAGAGCAGGCAACCAAAAUUGCAGAUUUGAAGCAGCUUAUAGAAUCUCUUGUAUCUGAAAAUGAGAGAUUAAGGAGAGAGAAUAAGCAGUUAAAAGCAGAAAGAGCUAGACUCCAAAAAUCUCCAGUAGACAGGGAGUUGGAUGUAGACACUGACUUUGUUGAGAAGUCAGAGUUGUGGGGUCUGCAGCAGAACUCAGAAUCUGCUUCUUCAGCUGCAACUUGGCAGAAGUUUGCAACAACUGCUGGGAAGGCAAAGGACAUUCCAAUACCCAGCCUUCCCCCCCUGGACAUCCCAUCCCCUGAACUCCCAAUGCUGGAACUCUCUGAUGAUAUACUGAAAGGACUGAUGAAUAGUUAAAAACCAGGAAAAGUGCUCAAUGUAGUUAAACCAGAUUUGAGAAAAGGGAAAGCCACCAGGAAAAUGGUGAUCUGAGGGUGGAAACAAUGCUACUGUCAGACAACAGGCAUUAAGCAACUUUGUUACUGUGAAAUACACAUCAUAUCUGAUUUACUUCAUGGAAGUUAAAGGUACCAUAAUUGGUAUAAGAGAGCGAGCUUACUCCCAAUGUUUCAAACCAAACAACUGCCUGGAGAAUGUUUCAAGUAACACAAUCCUUUAGGGUUUUUAAGUAUGCUAUAUGUAAUAGUUACCUGUAAUGCCAUAAAUGAUGGUGCAGAACCUAACUGUUAUGGUAGCCAGUUGGCUGCCAUUUAAUAUUGAAAAAUGCUUUCUAGCAUGAAUUUAAACUGUGCAUUUCAUUAUGCAUAACUGUUAAUUCAGACACAGUGUAAUUUAUACACCUCCUAGAUGGAUUUAUGUGCCACACUCUAUAUUCCUGACCAUGUUAACCUCAAGUCGAAGAGAUUUUAAUUUCCAUUCUAUGAAGGAACCAACUUAUUCGUUCUGUUGAUGAGGGUUUUUUUUGGGGGGGUUAUCUGUUUACAUAACUAAUCAGGGUGAAGUGACUCUAGCUAUUGGUUUCUGUAUAAAGUGACAUGGUUUAAAAUGAAAAAUCUAUACUUAAGGUAAAAUACCCUUUUUGUUUUCAGUGAUGCAUGAAUGGAAGUAAUUAUAGCUGACAGUAUUUGAUUGAAAAAGAUAUUGUUUACAGCUUAACCUGAUUCAAAAAGGAUAGGAAAAUAAAAACCAAGGUGUUUUGACACUGUCUGUUACAUCUGUACAAAUGUGGCCAAGUACAAAGAAGAAAUUACUACUUGUACUAAGUGUUAGGAUACACCUACAGUUGAGCUUCUAUGUUCAUCAUUAAGCAAGUUCAAGAAAGCCGGGAUGAAUUCAGAGGGCCUUGCCUACCUGUGAAGUGACCUGGCUGACAGCCAGGUUCCAACACUGCAGAGCGCUGGAGCAUCAGCGGAGCAGCUCCAUGGAUUUGCUGGGGCACAGCCCAGCAGGAGCCAUAGGAACAGUGCUGAGGGUGCUGGGUCUGAGCAGCGUUUUGUGCAUCCCCUGAGGAUGCUGAGUCUGAGCAGGGCCAUGCAGCCUCCUCCCACUUGUCCCUUCCAGCAUGGCUCAGCCCCUGCCCUGAAGCCCAGCUGGGGCUCCCAAGGGGUGUUCCACUGUGUAGUGGAGGCAUUAAUUACAUUCUGCUGUUACUGAUUAGUGAAUUGUUCAGUAUUGCAAGCUAUGUCAUUUACAGUUAUUCUGCUGUUAAAAGGUAAGCUUGCUUUCUAAGAGUGCAUUUUUCUUCCAGAAUAGACUUGGAAGUGCAGUAAGAAUACCUUACUGCUGUGCAAAUUCUCCCCUUACCUGGCUUCUUCUGUGUUUGAAGGAGCAUAGGGGCUUGAGGUUAGAAAAAGUCUAUAGAAAAAGAGGUAAGACAGGUUCAUUAGAAGAGGUGCCUUAUGCUGAACUGUAGCUGGAAUCUAAUCUUGCUGGGGAAAUAAAAAAGUAAUUUUUCAGCUGGAACAGUUUAGCAAAUAGCCCCAUCCAGCUGUGAUGAGGUAAACCUGUUUGAGGUCAGGCCAAGCUCACUGCUCCUGCCAAAGGGCAAGUCCCAGUCUCUGCUGGCCCCUGGCUGGCUGACUAUUCCAGGUAACAAGGCAGAGGAGCAUAGUGUUUCUAGUCAUUUAAGUAAAGCAAAGAAAAUAGCAUGUGCUCACAAGAUGGAAAUAAAAUUGUUUAAGCACAUACCUCAUGCCAGUGCUGGCGUGGUAGCUCAGGGUUGUUAGCUACAAGACAGACAUGGUGGUGGCGUCUGAAAAUGGCAGCUAUAGGAAAAGGAAGCAAUCUUUAGGUCUGUUGAAGAAUCUGAAGAAGAUUCCUCAAAGGUUGGAGCAUGGGAAUUGCAAGCUCUACCUUCUUGAUUUGAAGUCUAAACUGUCCCUUGAUGUGUAGCUGCGUAAACAAAACACCAGAUCUGAAAGAAGUUGCUUCUUUGUGGGAAGGGAUGGCCAAGUAGGGGCAAAACUCCAUACUGCCACUUUUGAAAGUGGUGUUAAAACUUCUUUCUCUCUCCUGCAAUGCAAAUGUUUGUUCUUGCAGUCUGCCUACUCAACACAUGCUGCUGAAUCCCAACUCCAGGCAGUUAAGGCUGAGCAUGGGCAUGUUCCACUAUCAUGAGUAAUGCUGAAUUUUUUUAAGUAAGGACUUCUUCAGUCUGAAUCUAGAGUUAAGCAAUUAUUGCAUUGGAAGAAAGGUUGUACCAAGAAUACUCACCACUAGAGGACAGGUUUUACAGAGUCAUAGCAAUAAACCUAAGGAAA